AUGGGCUACGAAAAGAAGCUUGUUGGGGUCGCCGAAAAGGUGAAGAAAUUCCUAGAUUACUUCCCAACCUUGUACAAUGUGUAUUUGGUUUGUUGUAUUUCCACCAUAUCAGGUAUGAUGUUUGGUGUCGAUAUUUCUUCAAUUUCUGCUUUCAUUGGCACUGAUCAAUACAAAAACUACUUUAACAAUCCGGGUUCUGCUAUUCAGGGUUUCAUUACCUCUGCUAUGGCUCUUGGAUCUUUCUUUGGCUCUUUGGCCUGUUCCUUCGUUUCCGAACCUUUGGGAAGAAGAAUUUCUCUAACAUUUUGUGCAUUCUUCUGGUGUGUUGGUGCAGCUAUCCAAUCAUCUUCGCAGAAUAGGGCCCAGUUGAUUAUUGGUCGUUUUAUUUCUGGAUUUGGUGUUGGCUUUGGUUCAACAGUUGCUCCCGUCUAUGGUUCUGAGUUGGCACCAAGGAGAAUCAGGGGUUUUAUUGGAGGCUUAUUCCAGUUUUCUGUGACUGUGGGUAUUUUGAUCAUGUUUUACAUUUCUUAUGGACUUCACUUCAUUAAUGGUGUUGGCUCCUUUAGGAUUGCAUGGGGUAUCCAGAUUAUCUUUGGUCUUGUAUUGUUCUUUGGUGUUUUCCUUCUUCCAGAAUCACCAAGAUGGCUUGCAAAACAUGGCUAUUGGGAUGAGGCAGAAGAUGUUGUUGCUAAGAUACAGGCGCAUGGUGAUAAAACCAAUCCAGAUGUUCAGAUAGAGGUUUCCGAGAUUAAGGAACAAAUUAUGAUUGAUGAGGCUUCCAAGAGUGUGACAUAUGCUACCUUAUUCAAUAAGAAAUAUUGCCUUAGGACCAUUACCGCCAUCUUUGCUCAGAUUUGGCAACAAUUAACCGGUAUGAACGUUAUGAUGUACUAUAUUGUCUACAUUUUCCAGAUGGCUGGUUAUACUGGAAAUAGUAAUCUUAUUGCUUCUUCCAUUCAAUAUGUUUUGAACACUUGUAUGACUGUUCCUGCCUUGUUCUUGUUGGAUAAAGUUGGAAGAAGGCCAGUUCUUUUGACCGGUGCUGUUUUAAUGAUGAUUUUCCAAUUUUGUGUCGCCGGAAUUUUAGGCGGAUGUUCUAAACCUGUUAAUUCCGUUGAUGGUGACAGCACAGUCAAAAUUGAAAUUCCAAAGAGUAACUCUAGCGCUGCCAGAGCCGUUAUUGCUAUGUGCUACUUAUUUGUGUGCUCUUUCGCUUGUACAUGGGGUGUUGGUGCCGCUCUUUCCACUGCAGCAAACUGGAUCCUUAACUUUGCAAUUGGUAUGUACACGCCUUCUUCCUUUGAAAACAUUACAUGGAAGACCUACUGUAUCUACGCAACAUUCUGUGCCUGCAUGUUUAUUCACGUUCUUUUCUACUUCCCAGAAACAAAGGGAAAACGUUUAGAAGAAGUCGCUCAGAUGUGGGAUGAGCACGUUCCUGCAUGGAAAUCUGCUUCAUGGAAACCUGCUGUUCCUAUUGCCACCGAUAAAAUUUUGGAAAAGAAACUCUCUGUUCAGCAUGUCGAAGACAACGAUAACUCAACCGAGGAUGAUCAUUCGAUGUCAAAUUCGGAGAAGGCAGUACAAAUUGCAUGA